AUGUUCAAGCCUUCGCAACCGAUGAUGGCGCGAUUGCGCCUAACAACGAAGCAGGUCAACGGCGGCUACUACAAGGGAACCCGGAGCGGCUCGAUGGGUUAUUUCGCAAAGAACGGCUCCUAUGUGAUCGAUUGGAAGAAAGUCCGGACAUACGUUGUACCAGAAGACCUUGACCAGUUCAAGCUUACUCCGUUCGUGACCAAGGCUAUGGCUCCGACAAAGAGUAGAUACACGGACGAGGUCGAGAAGGAUGGCAAAUUUGUUACACGAGAGAAGGCGUUUGAAGGAAAAGACUACCUCGAGCUAUGGACAUCGGAUAAUGGACAAGAGGUUCUUGAGAUGGAGCGUCUUGAUCGUGUGGAACCAGAGGCCAAGUCCGCUUAA